AUGGGACCGGCGAGAGAGGACACACCCCUUCUUGGGGAGGAAAGGCCUUUGUCGAGCCAGUUCAAGACCUUCGCCAAUGUCUUUAUUGCUAUCGUCGGGGCUGGGGUUCUAGGUCUUCCUUACGCCUUCAAGCGUACGGGAUGGCUCAUGGGUGUGCUCACGCUCUUCUCCGUUGCCGCUUUGAUCACCCACUGCAUGAUGCUUCUCGUUCGCAUCCGCCGCAAGCUCGGUGUCGCCAACAUUGGCUCUUUCGGAGACCUUGGUUUCGCUGUCUGUGGCCCACUCGGGAGGUUCCUCGUUGACGUUCUUAUUAUCUUGUCCCAGGCUGGCUUCUGUGUCGGAUAUCUCAUAUUUAUCGGUACUACUUUAGCUAAUCUCUUCAACCCAUCCACCGCUCUGACCCUGACCCUAACAAGCGUGUCCCCUAAGAGUCUCUACAUAUGGGGAUGUUUUCCUUUUCAGCUGGGCUUGAACUCCAUCAAGACACUCACUCACUUGGCACCUCUGAGCAUAUUCGCCGACGUGGUUGAUCUUGGCGCAAUGGCGGUGGUGAUUGUGGAGGAUGUGAAGAUUGCAGUGGGGCAAAGGCCUGACGUGGUUGCCUUUGGUGGCAUGUCAGUCUUCUUCUAUGGGAUGGGAGUGGCUGUUUACGCCUUCGAAGGGGUGGGGAUGGUUUUGCCCCUGGAAUCGGAAAUGAAGGACAAAGAAAAGUUUGGCAAAGUGUUGGCGCUCAGCAUGGGCGUCAUAGCGUUGAUUUUUGGAGCUUUCGGUGUGUUAGGUUACAUGGCUUUUGGGGAUCAUACAAUGGAUAUAAUCACAGCCAACUUGGGCGCCGGACUGGUGAGCAGCCUCGUGAAGCUGGGACUCUGCAUCAACCUCUUUUUCACCUUCCCACUGAUGAUGAACCCUGUCUUUGAGAUUGUUGAGAGACGUUUUCGGAGUGGUAUGUACUGCGUCUGGCUCAGAUGGCUACUCGUCUUAGCUGUGACCAUGGUUGCUCUCUUGGUGCCGAACUUUGCAGAUUUUUUGUCAUUGGUGGGAAGCAGUGUCUGCUGUGCGUUGGGCUUCGUGUUGCCUGCUUUGUUUCAUCUGAUUGUCUUCAAAGACGAAAUAGGGUGGAAGCAACAGACUUUGAACACUGGGAUCGUGCUACUUGGCCUCGUUCUAGCUGUCUCAGGUACUUGGAGCUCCCUCAGCGAGAUAUUCAACUGGAACUAG